AUGAGUCACCCCAAGAUCUUGUUCGUCGCUGGUCUGGCUUUCGUCAUCGGGUUGGAGCGGACGUUCCGCUUCUUCUUUCAGAAGCAUAAGUUGAAGGCCACCAGUUUCUUCCUGGGAGGAGUGCUUGUUGUUCUUAUUGGCUGGCCUAUCGUUGGAGUCGUGCUGGAGGUCUAUGGGUUUUUUCUGCUCUUCAGGGGCUUCUUCCCGGUUGUUGUUGGCUUCAUCAGAAGAAUACCGGUUCUGGGUUCGAUCCUGAACCUGCCCUUCAUCAGUGCAUAUGUGGACAGAGCAAGCGAGAGCAACACGAUGGUAUAACCCGGACUUUUUCUACCCGGUUGAACUUCAGCAGGUUUUCUAAUCCUCUCCCACGUUACCCUGAAUUGAAAGUGGCUGUAAUUCAGAUUUUUCACUCGAGCCAACAAAGACUGCUUCCUUUUUUAAUACCACCGAGUAUUUCCAGCACUCACCAGUCUUUAAAGGAUCGAGUAACUAAAACCCAACAAUAUCACCAUAAAUACUUUGGUUCCUCCCCUCCUGUUUCCUGACUUUUCUUUGAAAAUGUUGGAGGUAGACCCUAUUUGCCUUAUUGAUCCACCAAACUACAGGACGUCUGAACAUGGAGGAAAAGCGGGACUUGAGUUUGCCAAAUUUGAUUUCUGUGCCAUAGAUUAUCUUCCAACAGAUAUAUUUUUGUUGUUUUGUUAUUUUUCUCAUUGCAUUAAAUCUAUCACCAUUGUACUGUUUCUCCAUUUAAACUUUCUGUUGUUUAAUUUGUUUUAAGUCUGGGCUGCCUAUUACAGCUUGAGGAUAAAUUAUUUUUUUAACGGC